AUGUAUUCAUUGAAACAAAAAUCUUUAAAAAUUGUAAUAUGGAAGAAAAGAGAAAACAGAACUGAACCCAAACCAACCAGGCUCUGGAGCAACUGCCUUCUCGCGGUGGAUCGUCAAAUUGGACCGUCAAAUCAGUCGAUCCAACAAACAGUUGCAACAAACCCUCCCCACCUGGAUGUUUCCCCGGGGUUUUCAUCGACGGAGCGGGCCAUUCCGGCCGUCCUGCUCCGUUGCCUUCUCCUGAGAGCCGGAAUUGAAGAAAAUCCAGGUCCCCCAAAGAUCUGGAUCUGCCCUGGAUGCCAUCAAAGGAUAAACAAAACCCAAUAUUCGGCCCGUUGCAGAACCUACUACAACUGGCAUCACCUCAACAAUUGCUUAACAAACAUCAACGGUCAUUACUAUUGUAAUAACUGUCCUCACCCGUCCUCAAACUCAAGAUGCUUGUUGGCGUCUGCUGGCGCCUCACAGCGGCCAACUUCAACAUCAUCAUUCAACAGCUCAGCCCGCAACAAACCAUCAACAUCACAAGCAGUAAGUGCCGGAAAGUUAAAUUUCCUUCAACUAAACUGUAACGGCAUAAAAAACAAACAAGAGGAGAUUCAGCAACACCUCAUAAAUCACAACAUCCACAUCGCAGCCCUUCAGGAGUCCAAACUAACAAAAGGCUCAAAAAAUCCGGUUUUCAGAGAAUACGCUAUCUACCGCAAAGACCGAGGAAUAGGUCGAGGAGGUGGUCUCAUACUACUCAUCCACAACAGCAUUCCCUACAGCAUCAAGUCAUUACCAGAUGUUCCAACAAUUGAGAGUCAGGCCAUCACAAUCAACGCAAGCGACACAGAUAUCAACAUUAUCAACAUUUACAUCCCCCCACAAUCCACCUGCCCAACAGGUUUCACAGCAUCCAUAUCAAAAUUUUUAUUAAUCCCAAAUGUCGUCUUGUUGGGAGAUGUCAAUGCACACGACCCACUGUGGUAUUCAAGUCUAGAGGACACACGAGGAGAAGCCCUAGCCAGUGAAAUCGAAAAUUCUGGCUGCAGCACACUCAACUUGGAUACCCCAACGCAUCUCCCAGCAUCCGGCCAGCCUUCAUCUCCAGAUAUAUCUGUCGAUUCUGAUACAUGCUAUAAAUUUUUCAUAUCUCUGCAGUUACACAUGCUUUCAACAUUAUAA